GAAACGUCAAAAACAACAAAAUUUACAGUUUAUCAAAAGUGAAUCAGUAAAAAUUUUUCGUUUGCUAUAGACUUGUUAAAUGAUGGGUGUUUCCAAUUACGAUGUAUUGCGAAAGCAAGCGCGGCAUUUGGAGAAUGAAAUUGAUCUCAAGUUAGUUGCAUUCAGUAAAAUUGGAGCAGGCACUUCAACUGCGCACAACACAACAGCUGACACAUCACCAUUGUUAGGAGAACAUGUCUUCGAUUCGUUGUCUGAAGAAAUCGCACAAAUGUUAGAUAGGUUGUCUACGAUAAAUGAGACUAUGUCAGAACUACCGGCAACAGGUGCAGCUGCCAUGCAUACAUUGCAAAGGCAUCGAGAAAUUUUGCAGGGCUACAGACAAGAGUUCAAUAAAAUAUGCGCUAAUCAUACGACUAGAAUGGAGCGUGAAGAGUUGUUACGUGGCUCGGGACUAUCUACCAACAGUCCGACAAAUUCAGGCUUAAGUAGACGCGAUAUGUAUUUGAAAGAGAGUGGACAUGUAGCGAACUCAAAUCAAAUGAUAAAUGAUCAAAUAAAUAUUGCUAUCGAAACCAGGGAGCAUUUAUUAUCACAACGACAAGCCUUUAAACGUCUGCAGACACGUUUCAAUGAUAUAUCAAAUCGUUUUCCACUUAUAUCGAGUUUAAUACAACGCAUCAAUAUAAAAAAGAAACGUGAUUCUCUUAUUUUGGGUGCAGUAAUUGCAGUUUGUGUCUUUUUGUUACUUUUAUACAUAUUCAAUUGAAAAUUGUGCUAAAACUGAUUUGAACUGUUAACAUCAGCUAUUUAUACAUAUAAAUUAUAUUGUUUAAUUUAAGUAUAUAACAAGUGUUAUGUAUAACUUUAUUUUUAAGCACUAUGUUUGCACGUUACUUCACAUUUUCUCGGAAUCAUUUUUAUUCUUUAAGUUGAUAGU